GUUUAGUAGCUCUGGGUCAGCGCGGCUGCGCGCGUAGGCGUCCGGGUUUGAAAUGCAGCGGGGUUUAGUUAGUUUCCCCUUGUCGCCAGCGGUGCGGGUGAAGCUGGUGUCUUCAGGUUUUCAGACUGCUGAGGACCUCCUAGAGGUGAAACCUUCCGAGCUCAGCAAAGAAGUUGGGAUAACUAAAGAGGAAGCCUUAGAAACUCUGCAAAUUAUAAGAAGAGAAUGUCUCACAAAUAAACCAAGAUAUAUUGGCACAGCUGAGUCAGCCAAGAAGUGCACAGCACUGGAACUACUUGAGCAGGAGCACACCCAGAACUUCAUAAUUACCUUCUGUUCGGCACUGGAUGAUAUUCUUGGGGGUGGAGUACCCUUGACCAAAACAACAGAAAUUUGUGGUGCACCAGGUGUUGGAAAAACACAAUUAUGUAUGCAGUUGGCAGUAGAUGUGCAGAUACCAGAAUGUUUUGGAGGAGUGGAAGGUGAAGCAGUUUUUAUUGAUACAGAAGGAAGUUUUAUGGUUGAUAGAGUGGUAGACAUUGCUACUGCCUGCAUUCAGCACCUUCAGCUUAUAGCAGGAACACAUUUGGGAGAGGAGCACCCAAAAGCUUUGGAGGAUUUCACUCUUGAAAAUAUUCUUUCCCAUAUUUAUUAUUUUCGUUGUCGUGACUACACAGAGCUACUGGCACAAGUUUAUCUUCUUCCAGACUUCCUUUCAGAACACUCAAAGGUUCGAUUAGUGAUAGUGGAUGGUAUUGCUUUUCCUUUUCGUCAUGACCUAGAUGACCUAUCCCUUCGUACACGAUUACUAAAUGGCCUAGCCCAGCAAAUGAUCAGCCUUGCAAAUAAUCACAGAUUAGCUGUAAUUUUGACCAAUCAGAUGACAACAAAGAUUGAUAGAAAUCAGGCCUUGCUAGUUCCUGCAUUGGGGGAAAGUUGGGGACAUGCUGCUACAAUACGGCUUAUCUUUCAUUGGGACCAAAAGCAAAGCAGGUUGGCAACGUUGUACAAAUCACCAAGCCAGAAGGAAUCUACAGUACUAUUUCAAAUCACACCUCAGGGAUUUAGAGAUGCUGUCGUUGCUACUGCACGUUCAUUGCAAACAGAAGGUUCAUUGAAUUCCCGGAAACGGUCACGAGAAUCAGAGGAAGAACAAGAAUCCAAAGACUAGUCUCAAAGUAUACAUAUGUAUUGAUGCUGUGAAAUACAAUGUAUACAAGUAGCAGACUCAUUACUUUAAAAUAUAAACAUACACUAUGGCAUGAAUGAAUCAGGAAUAUAUGAAAUGAAUGGGAAAAAUACUUAGUGAAUAUGAUUCUCUGAAAGAAUUUUUCUAAAGCAGUGUUCUACAAUUAUAUUUUGCCCUGUUUUCAUUUUUAGUAACAUUCAGUAGAGGUGAUAUAGGUAUUGUAUUUUACUGAUCUCAUGUGGCCAAUCUGAAUUUACCCAUUCAGACUCUUUUUCCCUCCUUUCUUUGCCAAUUGCCUAGAAAUUCCUAGGAAGAAAAGAUAUUUUUUGCAUUCCUAUUGUAUUCUCCUCUUUAAAUGUAGCUUUGAUAAUUCUUUAAAAUGACCCGUUUUUAUUAUCAUAAAGAAAAUCUAGCACCAUGAGUCAGCAUAUCAUUAUGUUCAGUUUUAUGGGUAGUAUACAAAUUUUGGUUGACCAGUCUGAUUUUGGUGAUCCCACUCUUAAAAUCUAAGCGAUUUGUUUAUUUUUUUAUGUUAUUUUAUGUUAAAGGAGGGACUUUCGAGCUGUUAUCCCAUCGAGAAAUUGUCUGGAACAUUUAUCUUCCAGAAUAGUCAAGUUGAUAAGCUCACAAUUAUUUCUUUCUACACUUUUGAAAUACGAUGUGAUCUAGAAUUAUAGGUGUAUUGACAUUUUCCUUUGAAUAAUCUCAAUAUUGCUUGAAUAAAUUAAAAUUUUGGAUUCUUGAGUGGUUUCAAAAUCAUCUAAAAACAUUUUGGCACCUGGUUCUUCUUAGCACUUCUCAAUUCAUUCACACAAUUUACUUUGGUUCCCAGUGGAAGAAAAUUAUUUAAGUAAUUUACUAUUAUAUACUGUGACAAUCAUAUUUUCCAGAUUUUAAUGACAGUAUUUCCUGUCUCAGACUGAACACUAAAUUUAUAAAAUUUUAAACAUAUAAUUAUUCUGUAAUUGACUAUAUACAGAAUAACCAUAGUUUGCCAGGAUUUUUUUGAGAGUGAAAGUGGGCACUGUUAACAGUUAUACCAAGACAGUGGACAUAAACCAGGACUGUCCCAGGCAAAUCAGGCAUAUGGUCAUCCUAAUUAUAUAAGAAUAAUUUCAAAUGACUAGUUUAGGAUGACUGAUUGUAACUGUUUUACUUUUGAGGGUUUUAAGGCAUAUAUUUUUAUUAUAAUUAAUGCAGUCAUUAUAAAAAAUGACCCAUAAUUUUCUAUAUGUUCAAAUCAUUAAGAGAGUGAGGGAGUUAUAAGUGAUAAAUAUCAGUGUUAGCAGGCAUAAGAUACUGUAGGAUCUCAUUUUAUUAAGCAUUAUAACACUGUAAAGAACUGUCCCUGAAUAUAGACAAAGUUCUUUUUGUUUGCAACUCUUUUUAAAUAAAAUUUACAUACCACA